AUGAAGGUGCGGCCGAUGGAGCCCUCCGCCGCCGCGAAGCGCGCCACCCGCGUGGCCGCCUGCGCCGUGAAGUUGGAGCGAAGGCGCGCGCUUUCGGCGUUCGGCGGCGCCAGCGAUCCGCGGAAGAAGUCGUUGACGCGAUCAAGCACCAUGCCCCCGGCGGCCAUGAGGCAAGACUCGCGCCGAGCUGAGGUUGCAGCUUUCCAGACCUUCAGGCUGGGGAUGGAGAGUCGGCUCAAGGCCACCUCCGCGGUCUUCAAGGCGUCCAUGACGAUGGAAGCGGACCCCGGAGAAGGUCGCGACAAGCUUCAGGACGCCUACCGGACCUCCAUUGGUUUUCAUCCCUGUGCAAAGCUCUUGGCCCCUUUGGCUCACCCCAUCCAGAACCCGCACUCGGUGCCGGUUUGCAUGGGCGGCGGCAACGGACAGAAGUCGGCAAGUGCGCGUGCCAGGAACCAGGCGAAGGCUGAUGCGGAGAAGGGUGGUGGCGGCGGAAAGGACGGGAUGCAGAAGCGCCAGGCGCAAAUGGACCUGAAGUGCACCGUGUGCAUGCAGUGCUUCCCCAACACGCAGGUGAAGGCUGCCCAGGCGCACGCGGAGUCGAAGCACCCCAAGUCGGACUUUGCGACAUGCUUUCCCGGCCUGCUAUGGCAGUGGCCCCGCAGCGCGGCCUUUCCUCAGUGA